AUCUGCAGGGCUCCCUCGUCUCCUCCCACUUGGAGGAGUCAUCUGCAGCUUUGGGUGGUGUGCUGGUGCUGCUCUCACUCUACCUGACCUCGCUCUUCUACUGUAUCCCCAAGGCUGUGCUGGCCACCAUUAUCAUCAUGGCUGUGAACCCACUGUAUGACACCAAGAUCUUUGGGACACUCUGGUAUGUUAAGAGGUGCGGGGAGGCGGAAUAUAGGUCUCCUGGGCGCCAGAGACCUCUACUAGAGAAGGUGAUGCGGGAUGCAGUUCAAAGUUUCGGUUUCGCAGGGCUGCGGUUCAGCGCUGUCCCGACCCCAGCUCUCCGGCUGCAGGCGGUGGGGCUGCAGGCCUUUCCUGGGUACGAUUCUGAGAACAAUAACUCCUUGGUGGCCUAAUCCCUGAAGGAAGAGAUGGAAUGCAGGGAAGUGCUGAAGGAAGAUGGGGACCUGUGCUUGUCCCCAGGCUCCAGUGAUUGGCAGGAAAAUGCAGCUGAGCCCAGUUCCGAUGAAGGGUCCUGGACCAUCCAAAGAGUAGUGGCCUCUGGACCUUCUGUAGAUGCAAUAGAGGAUGUACCUGGUGAGCAGGCAGCUGCCCAGCGCCUUCCCAGCAAGAGGAGAAUGAAUGAGGCUGCUCUGUGCGAGGUCUUGAACACCUUCACUGCGGACGAUGAGCAGAACAAAAGAAAGAAAAGGAGGAAGAAUCAGGACACCACUGCUUCCUCAGAGCAGGGUUCCUUGGCCCCAUCGCCUUCCAUUCCCCAGAGUCCAAAUUCACCUUCACACCCCUGGUCCCAGAACCCAGCCCUGGCCCAAAGCCAAGCCCCGCAUGCUGGUCCAGCUGGCCAGUGCAGGGGUGCAGCCACAGGAGAUGUGGCUCAGAGCAGGCCAGCACCACAGGACCACAUUGAAGAAGUGGAUCUCCACACUUCCACGCCCUCUGGGGCCAGGGGCCUCUCUCAGGAGGUGUCUGGGCCACCCACAUCUACCUGCAAAGCCCACCCUAAGCCUGAAGAUGCUGCCCAGGGGCUCCCACUGCCUGAGUCCAAAGGGGAUUCUGAGCCUCAGAAAGAAGCACAGAGGGCCAGGCAGCACGUGGAUGUCCCAGCCUCUGGGGAGGGUGAGAUCAAGGACGGGUUGGCUGCUCCUGGAGAAAAACCAGGUGAAAACAGCUCAGAACCCAAAGACUUGAGGAAGCCAGAAGGGAGUGACAAAAAUGACACAGCUGCUAUAACAAAGGAGAAGGAGCAGAAGAACCAGAAGGCCAGCACUCAGGCCAUCCCCUCAAGCUGGCUGAACCCCGAGGAGGGGAUCACCGUGUACUUCCAUGCCAUCAUCCCCAAGCAUGUCACCUUCGACCCCAUGCUCCACACUGUGUUCAUCAGGGGAGGAGAAGAGCUUGGACAGCCCGAGUGGAGUGACGCUUGCGAGAUGUACUACACUGAGGACUUACAUGAGUACGGGUCCCUCAUCGAGGGCAGCAUUGUCAUUCCCAGGCAGAGCCUGGAUAGAGCCAUCCCUUACAAGUAUGUCCUUCACUGCGGCCAAGGCUCCAACUGCACCGUGGAGUAUGAGUACAUCUAUGAGCAGCCGCAGAAGGCGGGCGAGCACGUGAACCGCUGCUUGUGUGUCAAGUCCUCCCUCCUGCGCUCCGGAGACUGGCAUCAAUAUGAUGACAUAAUUUGCAUGAGGCCUCCUGGGACACUGGAGAAAUUCCAGAACCUCUUCACUAAUAAGAUAAAGAAGGAGCUGUUGAAGGGGAAGAGGAUGGCAGCCAAGAUCAUGCUGGGCCGCAUCUUCAGCAUCCUCCAGACCUGGAACCCCAUCAACCUGAGGAACUUCUUUACCCAGUUCCGGCAGUUUUACUCUGUUGUCCGAGUGCCUAUGAUUUAUGAAGGGAAAGCACAGCCCUGGCAUAGCCUGGGCCUCAGAGAGGAAGAGGUAUCAGUCUUCCCCCAAUCACCAGUAGCUCUGGUGUGGGUGGUCAGGGUCCCCUGA